AUGAUAGAUAAAAAUGAGGACUUCCAAGAACAAACCAAAAGGUUACGUUUUAAGACUAAUGUUCAGCAUAGUUCUGGUGAUAUUAGUUUAGAUUCAAAAUUAGUAAAGGGCACAAGACAUAAAGAUGUUACUGACAAGUCUGCGUCAUUGUUUACAUUUUUACACGUUGAAUUAACGCGAGGAUAUCUUUUAGAACACGAUGAGGAAAGAUUUUCGGCAAGAAGAGAAAAAGUGUACUCUUUUAUUAAAAUUCCACAGGAAUUAGAGAAGUUUAUGGCUUAUGGCUUUUUUCAAUGUGCAGACUCUUUGCUGUUUGUUUAUACUUUUUUACCUCUACGUUUUAUAAUGGCAUUUUGGUCCUUCUUCAAUAGGUUAUUUAAAAGAUGCUUUGGGUUCCAUUCACAUUCACGCAAAAGUAUACUAAAACCAGCGGAGACAUGUGAUGUUCUCAAAGGUUUAAUCCUUUUGAUUUGUAGCAUAUUAAUGUGUUAUAUUGAUACAAACAUGAUGUACCAUUUAGUUAAAAGUCAGAGUGUUAUGAAAUUGUAUAUUUUUUAUAAUAUGUUGGAAGUUGGAGACCGCUUAUUCUCAGCUUUUGGUCAAGACACAAUUGAUGCUUUAUUUUGGACAGCCACAGAACCCAGAGAUCGAAGGCGUGAACACCUUGGUGUCAUUCCGCAUUUGAUAUUUGCAGUAACCUAUGUGUUCCUACACAGUUUAUUGGUAUUAUUCCAAGCUACAACGCUGAAUGUUGCAUUUAACUCCAAUAACAAGAGUCUUCUCAUCAUUAUGAUGUCAAAUAAUUUUGUGGAACUAAAAGGCAGCGUUUUCAAAAAAUUUGAUAAGAACAACCUGUUUCAAGUAUCUUGUAGUGAUGUGAGAGAAAGAUUACAUCUUUCAGUCUUACUCUGCAUAGUUGUACUGCAAACUAUGAAAGAGUAUCUUUGGAGGGAAGACCGUUUUUGGAUAUUAGCUCCCGAUUGUGUACUAGUCCUUACAUUUGAAGUCAUUAUUGACUGGGUGAAGCAUGCAUUUAUAACUAGGUUUAAUGAAAUUCCGUAUGGAGUCUACAGGGAAUAUACAGUAAGCCUGGCAUAUGAUGUUGCACAAACCAGACAAAAAUAUGCUUUCAGCGACCAUUCCGAUUUAGUGGCUCGAAGAAUGGGAUUCAUACCUUUACCAUUGGGAGUUGUUAUUACUAGAGUCCUGGUUCACGCCGUCAAAAUCGAUGGAUUUGCGGCAAUGUUCUUAAUAUUUAUAGCGUAUCUAUGCUUGAUAUCACUAAGAGUGCUUAUAUCUAUUGUGAUACUUGGAAAAGCCUGUGAUUUGAUUUCCCAACAUCAAAUGGAUAGGAAUGAGAUCUUCCAGACGACACCAAAAAGAGAACGAAAAGAUUCCGUUAAAGAAAUUCCUUACGCACACAAAACUCCGGAAGUAGAAGUCGCACCAGUGAAGAAGCCAGUUCAAUUAAAGUUCCAAAUUCCAGAAGAUGUGGUUAUUAGUGAACCUUUAGUGGACGCGUCAGCGGGAGCGGCCGCGAUAUUCUCGAACAGUGCAAUCGAUUUGAAUGGCGUGUGUUACCUCAACGGUAAAAUGAACGUACAGGUCAAGCAGGAAACAGGAGAUUACCUCGAUACUGAACUGGUGGACGUGAGCCGCAGUGCGCCGGAUAUUAAAGCGGCGACACUUAGCGGCGAGCCCACAGAUCCAGAGCGGGCGCAGUCACCAGACGCGGACGGGCUCAAGCGACGUGCAGAGUCGGAACCCAACCUCGCCACACCGGACGACGAAGCUUCAUAG